AUGGCUACGACAGGUUCUGAAAUUGUGGUCCCGACUGAUCGGGAACAAGUCGCCGUUGUGGAUGGUGUUGACAAGCUAGCCCCUCCCAAGGUCGACACAGAGAAGGCCAGCAAAAGUAUUUCCGGCGAUAAUGUGAAGAAUGUCGGUGCCGAUAAUAUCACUAGACCCGUUGUGGAUGCCUCCUACGUGGGGUGGAAGCAAAUUGGCGGCUGGGAGGAAAAGGAUACUUUGACUGCUGACGAUGAACUACUUGACGUGAGCAAUGAAACUUUCUUGGAUAAUUUAAUUCCAGACAAGUUUUAUGGUGACUGGUACCAUGCUGUUGCCGUUUUUUUCCUAGGUGGCUUUCUAUCUUUCUUGGUUGGAAAGCUUGGUUUUUCUUUGGGCCCUGUCUUCUUCAUCGUUGUUGCAACCAGCAUUCUUUACAGAACCUCAAUCAAAAAAUACAGGGCCUCUAUCAGAGACUUUGUUCAAAGGGAAUUCACAGUACAGAAGGUGGAAGAUGAUUACGAAUCUAUGGAAUGGUUGAACAGUUUUCUGGACAAGUACUGGCCCAUUUUGGAGCCAGAGGUGUCUCAGAUGAUCGUUCAGCAGGUGAACCAAAUUUUGGCAACCAAUCCUUCCAUCCCAGCUUUUAUCAAGGCUCUUUGGAUCGAUCAGUUUACACUUGGUAUUAAACCACCCAGAAUUGAUUUGGUCAAGACUUUUCAAAACACUGACACUGAUGUUGUUGUCAUGGACUGGGGUGUGUCCUUCACUCCUCAUGACUUAUCUGAUAUGAACUCGAAAGAGCUGAAAAACUUUGUCAAUCAAAGAGCGGUCGUCAAAGCAAAGAUGUUUGGCUUGCCAAUCACUGUUGCUCUCUCUGAAAUUGCGUUCAAAGCGUUGGCUAGACUUCGUUUUAAGUUGAUGACUCCAUUUCCUCAUAUUGAAACUGUAAACGUCCAGUUAUUAGACGUUCCGGAUAUCGAUUUUGUCGCCAGAUUACUCGGAGAUUCUAUCUUCAAUUGGGAAAUUAUGGCGAUACCCGGUUUACUACCUGUGAUGAAAGAACUGGCUAAAAAGUACAUGGGUCCUAUGUUUAUGCCACCAUUUUCUCUUCAACUAAACAUUCCUCAACUAUUAUCUGGUUCCCCAGUAUCUAUUGGUGUUUUGGAAAUAACUGUUAAGGAUGCAGUGGGUUUGAAACGCGCUAAGAAUAUUUUGAAUAAGUCGGUCGACCCAUAUUUAUCCUUUGAGUUCAGUGGAAAAUCUGUUGGCAAGACGAAGACUGUGAGAGAUUCCUUGAAUCCAGUUUGGGAUGAAAGUUUGUACGUUUUACUCGAAUCAUUUACUGAUCCUCUGUCUAUUGUUGUUUAUGACAAACGUGAAAAAGUCAAAGAUAAAGUACUUGGGAGAAUUGACUACAAUUUAAGUACUUUGCAUGAUCAGAAAGUUCAGAAAAACCUCUCUGCCUCUUUCUUGAGGAACUCCAAACCUGUGGGUGACUUGAACUUUGACUUGAAAUUUCAUCCUACCUUGGAGCCUAAGCAAUUGCCUGAUGGGAGCGUUGAAGAUGCUCCAGAUUUGAAUGUCGGUAUCUCUAAAGUUAUUAUUGAAGAGGCCAAGGACCUUGCAGAAGAUGGCGUUAAACUUUCAACUCAUGCAGAGCUAUAUUUCAAUGCGAAACUUGUUCUAACUACCAACACGGUCAAAAACAAUACUGCACCAGCAUGGAAUCAAGAAUAUCAAGCUGUCAUCACUGAUCGUCGUAAGAGCAGAAUGAAGAUUGUUGUUAAGGACACAAACGGCAACGUUGUAGGAUCCACAGUGCAAUCUUUGAAUGACUUGAUUGACAGACACGAAGUUGGCAAAACCUGGAUUCCUCUGCAAAACUGCAAGGGACAAAUCAAAGUUUCAACCUUUUGGAAGCCAGUGGACCUUGAUGUCGGUGCUAAUGCAAUCGCUUACACUCCUCCAAUAGGUGUAGUGAGAGUGUUUAUCAACAAGGCUGAAGGCCUCAAAAAUCUUGAAAAGUUCGGUAAAAUUGAUCCAUAUGCCAGGGUUCUUGUCAAUGGUAUUCCUCGUGGUCGCACUGACGUGAAGGAAUCAACUUUAAAUCCCGUUUGGAACCAAGGUAUUUAUGUCGCAGUAACUUCGGCUAAUCAAAGGAUCACCAUCGAAUGUUUGGAUGUUGAAACUGUUGGCGCAGACCGUACACUUGGUAAAUUUGAUCUAAAAAUUUCGGAUAUGUUCCAGAAAGGAAGUGACGAUAAAUAUAUCGAGAACAUUGAUGAAGAUCCUAAAGUUGGUCGUCUGGUUGGAAAGAAGGGCGCCAAGGGGUCUGUCACCUAUUACACGUCUUUCUAUCCCACUGUUCCAGUUUUGAGCUUGGAAGAGAUACAAGAGGUUGAAGAGAUUAAUAAGAGAUCGAAGCAAUUAGAAGAGAAGGAAGGUGAGGUUGAUGAAAAGACUGCCUCCAAAGAGACAUUAACAAAAAUGAAGGAGGAAAGAGCUGAGAUCAAGGAGUUAGAAGACUUGUUUAGCAAUAAGAUGAAACUGGAUUUGGAUGAACUUCUUCAAUAUAACAGUGGUGUGUUUGCAUUUUCUAUUUUGGGUGGUGAACUUCCUCAAACUGGCUGUUAUAUUCAGGCCUUCUUUGAUUCGAACGGAUAUCCUCGUUACGUCACCCAAAAGUUCCCUGGUAGAACGAUCAGAAAUGGUUCAACUGGUGAUGUGAUGAUCAAGGAACUGGAAUGGUCCGUGACCACAUUCAGGAUCACCAAAAAGAAAGAUUCCAACAAGGCAGAAGAUUGCUUAGCAGAGGUGACCGUUCCAACGAUCGAGUUGGUUAAAAACUGUUAUUAUAAGCCAUCGAUUGUAAGUCUAACCGGAUCUUCAAGUGCUAGACUACUGUUACAAGUUUCCUGGUUCCCUGUCGCUGUCAUGAAACUACCACAGGCUGAUUUGAUAACUAACAGUGGUGAUUUAACAAUAACUGCUGUUGGUGCUAACAAUUUAAUCGCUGCCGAUAGGAAUGGUAAGUCUGAUCCAUUCGUCAAGUUCUAUCUAAAUGAUGAAGGGAGUAGCUUUUUCAAAACCCAUCAUGUCAAGAAGACACUGGAUCCAACGUGGAACGAAAAAUGUGUGGUGCAAAUUGACAACCGUGUUAACACUUACUUGAGAGUCAAAGCUAUGGAUUGGGAUGCAGGAAACAAGGAUGAUUUAAUUGGAGAAGGUAUGCUUCCAUUAGCCCAGAUUGAUCCAGACAAUGCUUGUGACUUGGAUGUGCCAUUAGUUGGACCUAAAGGAGAGGAUGGAGGUGUUGUUCAUUUAAAUUUCAGCUUUGCUCCUAGAUAUACCCUUUCCGUUCAUAAGAAAGAAAAGAAGGUUGGAGAUUUAGCUUCUAAAGGUAUCACCACCGGUUUACAAGCAGGUACCUCUGUCAUUGGAGGUGGUCUUGGUGCCGUGGGCAAGAUAAAGAAAGGUAUCUUCGGCGGUAAAAAGAAGGAUGAGGACAAAGAAGAAGAGGAUUGA